UAAACGGGGGCGUCGACGCCGUGGAGGACCAGUUGCUGCACUGCUUUGUGCACCACCACAACUCGAAGCGGUCAUCACACUGUGGCUGCACACCAAGUUUCCUGCACAGUACCUGUCAACUGCGAGUGGACCUGUGGAAGUAAUCUACGUAUUCAGCAUAUCGAUUCCGGUCAAGAGGGAUUUGCAGCAGCAGCAGCAGCAGCAACCAUGGGUCACGUCAAUUUCAAAGUCAUUCUUGGAAUCUUGGGAAACAUCACUGCCAUCUGCCUGUUUACGUCGCCAGUUCCCACUUUUUCUAAGAUUGUGAAGAAGAAGACUGUGGCUGAGUUUUCUGGUAUUCCAUAUGUUUGCACAUUGCUCAAUUGCCUACUAUGGGUUGUAUAUGGCCUUCCAAUUGUGGAAUUUCAAGUACUUGUAAUCUCCAUCAAUGCAGCGGGUUGUCUUAUUGAGUUUACAUAUCUUGCAUUGUAUUUGACAUAUGCACAAAAAAGUAUUAGGAUGAAGGUUAUGAAGGUUUUAAUGGCAGUUUUGAUAACUUUUAUUGCGGUAACAAUACUUGUGUUGGAACUAGUGCACGACAAGAAAAAACGCAAGCUUAUUAUUGGAACUCUUUGUGCCGUAUUUGCCGUAGGAAUGUAUGUCUCUCCGCUCACUGUAAUGAAAAUGGUGAUUCAAACUCGAAGCGUGAAGUAUAUGCCAUUUUUACUUUCACUAUUCAAUUUCAUCAACGGUCUUGUGUGGUUUGGCUAUGCAUUUUUUGGUGGAAUAGAUAUCUUCAUUGCCAUUCCCAAUGGAUUAGGGGCACUCUCCGGUAUUGCUCAACUAGCAUUGUAUGCAUUUUAUAGAAAUGCAACACCAAGAGAUGAAGAUGAGAAAGAUGGCCCUACUAAACCUACAAACAACUCUAUUGAAAUGGAGAAAAACGACACUUAUAAGCAAUCCAAUGUUUGAAAACGAGUUCCAUCAAAACAUACCAUAAUUGUACUUAGCAAGACUUACUUUUUAAGCUACGACAAAGUUUUAUUUUCCUUAAGUUUGUCUAUGUAACAACGGUUGUUGCAUGUACAAGCACUUUCUAUGUAACUUCUUUUGUGUUUGAUUUAAAUAAAGAUAUGCAUGCAAAUCCGUGAUUUGUUAAUGUUAUAAUAAAACUACAUCUAUUAAGACA